AUGUUUUGCUUCUGUGGCAGACGGGGUACUAAAGAUGACGAGGACUCGCUAAUCUUGGACGUGGAACAGAUCCUUCAGGAUCAUGUCUGGGAGCUCUUCCUGCAGCGACAGAGCAGAAUACAGCGGCUUUGUCUGCGACGCACCGACUUCCACGUCAAUGUUCCCAUGAACUUCUUUCACUUUGAGACCUUGAAACAGAAAGUAAACCCCAGGUACAGACCAGAAACUGGGGAGGAUGGACAUAUUUUGGACCAGAAAACACGAGAAGAGAAUACUACUGCCAGUGAAAAAGCUCCCCGCAGUAAAUUCGGGAAAGAAAGAUCUAGUAACUCGAACAUCGUUGAAAUCGCAACAGAUUUUGUAAACGAUACAGAUCGAGAACAAACAUAUAAAUUUCGACUUGAGAAAACCAGAAAGGCAGUUCUAAACGUGAGCUAUCAGAGAGGUUUCACUGUCGGUGGCAGAGCUCGAUUUUCGGUUGGGCUUCCCAAAUUAGUAUCAGACAGCCAAAGCAGUGUAGAAACUGAUAUGAUAAUUAAUGUGACCAAACAGGAAGGGGAAAAUGUCGAAGAAACCGUUGUCUUGGAAACUACAAGCGACAUUAAGGUCAAGGAGAGGUCUAAAUAUAUCGCUAAGGUAGUUUUAGCGGAAGUGAAAGUGAGCUACGAUUUCGCCGUUUGGUGUCGGAUCAGCAUGCCGAAGAAAGAUGGCGAAGUAGUCUUUAACUGUACAUUGAAACGUUUAGAUAAAAUAUUUGACCGCUUUAAAAAUCAAAUAAAAAUUACUACAGCGCCCAGUAACUUGCAGACAGAAAACUACGUCGUUGACAUUAAAAAUACAGGCAUAAUAGAAGGCGUUCGACUGUCUGAUCAACGUAUCAUCUUAGAAUCGACAGACCUGCACAAAUCAUCGAAUGUGAACGAUAAAUUAAGCUCCGAAAAAAUGGUGAUAAACAUUGAUUACGUUCCACAGCUUUCAACAGCUCCUUACCCUCACAUUGGCUCCUCUCUCCAGAGGCCGCGGAGUAUUGAAGGUCCCAUCAUUGAAGAGGCAGCGGAGGACGACGAAGACUGCAGUCGUAGCCUGACUAGUUUGCCUACACUGAGGAACCCACCAAGAACUCCCACAAACCGCCCUCCAUCGAUGGGUAUGAUUCCAACAGUGAUCGCGGCUUCUCCCAGUUCUGUAGGGUCGAGCCCUCUAUCUGAGAAAUCAGGGAGCGAUGUUUCCGUUUCUAAAACAACAACCACUGUCUAA